AGUUCUUUUGCCGUCAUUCCCGAUCAGAAUAAGACCUCGUGUUUAUUUUUCCUGCUCAUCCUACAUUUCUUCAGCACAGUGUCCUUAUUAUCUCUUGUGAACGCUGCUAGCUUGUCAUCUAAUAAAGGGAAGUGAUGGGUGAUAAUAUAGAUUCAGCAGAGGGAAGCUCACCCCCAAAACAGGAGAGCAUUGUUGCAAAUAUGAUGCAAAAUCCACAGGUUUUAGCUGCACUUCAGGAACAAUUAGGAAGAGUUGUUGGAACAUCAUCAGGAUAUAUUGAAAGCCUACCAAAGGCUGUUCAAAGGAGAAUAAAAGCAUUGAAGAAUAUUCAGGUGUCUUGCAUGAAACUUGAAGCUGAAUUUUACAGAGAUGUCCAUGCUUUGGAAUGUAAAUAUGCCGAGAAAUCUAAACAACUUUAUGAACAGCGAGAUUCUGUGAUCAAUGGCGAUUAUGAACCGACUGACGAGGAAUGCGAGUGGGCAAGUGAUGACGAAGAUGAGGAAGAUGGUGGAGACAAUGAACAAAAAUUGUCGCAGAACGAGCUAAAAGAUAAGGCAACAUUGGACGAAAAUAAAGUAGAUACAGAAACUCUUCCAGAAAAUGUUCGAGGUAUUCCAGAGUUUUGGUUAACUGCGAUGAAAAAUGUGGAUCAUAUUGCGGAUAUGAUUCAGGAACACGAUGAACCCAUUUUGAAAAACCUAACGAGUAUCGAUCUGAAGUUUAUUGACGAGGAGAAGACCUCGCAGGAAAGCGGUGAAGGAGAGAAAGAAGUGACUAUGGGUUUUGUUUUAGAAUUCCACUUUGCUCCAAAUGCAUAUUUUAAUAAUUCUGUAUUAACGAAGACGUACAAAUUAUCUUGUGAAAUUGACAAGGAAGCACCGUUUGGAUUUGAAGGACCGGAAAUAACUCACACGACAGGAUGUACGAUAGAUUGGAAGAAAGGAAAGAAUGUCACUGUUAAAGUGAUAAAGAAGAAGCAAAAGCAUAAAGGAAAAGGACAAGGAAAAUAUGUGAACAAGACAGUAAAAGCUGAUUCAUUUUUCAAUUUUUUUACUCCUCCUGAAGUACAGGAAGAAGAAAUGGAUGAAGAGACCGAACAGCUGUUAGAAGCAGAUUUUGAAAUCGGACAUUUUUUCCGAGAAAACCUCAUUCCAAAGGCGGUUUUAUUUUUCACUGGUGAAGCUAUGGAUGACGAGUUUGACGAGGAAGAAGAGGAGGACGAAGAUGACGAUGAUGACGAGAAUCAAGGAGAAGACGAUGAAGAUGACGACCCAGAUUUUAAACCACCUGAGGAAAAUCCUCCAGAAUGCAAACAACAAUGAAGGAAGCCACUUCAAGUGGUACUCUCUGGAACUGUUGCUUCGAACUUCGUGCAGAACCUUCAAGAUAGAAAUUCUUAGAAAAAAUUCAUUCGUCGUUUUAGACUCGAGAUGGGUUUUCUAUGCAUAUACGAGUAUCAUAGUAUGCACAUUACAGUCGAAUAAUUUAACAGAGUACUCAAAUGUUAAAUAGUAAUUUACUACA